AUAUUGCAUGAAUGAAAUUGAGAGGCCAACUCUGCGGCUUUCGAGCCAUCGUCUAUGUUGCAACUCCCAGACAGCCUCUUUCAUGCGGACAAAGCGCCGUAUCAGGUGCCACUAAACAUUGGAUACUUGUAUUAAAUUCAUCGGUUUAGGUUCUGCCAACCAUGGAAGUAUUGCAUAGUCGGGAGAAUCGGAUCAACGCAGAGUGUUUUACAUCGCAAUGGGCUAAAAUACAACCAACCUGACUCGUCAUAUCCAGAACUGUCGGGUAGGUGACUAUUUGGCCCUGUAUCUAUAGAAUCGGUGGCGACGCGCCCGACCACACCUUCGCGCGCGGCCUAAAACGUGACAGGCUUGUUGUUGUUAUGUUUACAUUCAUAAUGUCAUCUUGUAGCCAUUUCCACGGCGUGAUGGGCGUAGUACCCGCUGUUUCACACAUCCUUGCUUCUAGGAGACCCAGGAAGCACCGGAGCCGUAUAUCGUAUUCUGUCAGAGCCACAUAUCACAAGCAUACAUGCAUUAAGGCUGAAGGUGUCCAGGCGACGCGUCGACCAAGUUCAACGGGUAGUACCCAGAGCCUGGCAGGCAGUACGGGGAUGCGCGGAGGGGCGGAGUGGACAAGGCGCGUGUGCAGGUGUUUUUGAGCGUGGUGGUGGUGGGGUGGUGGUGGUGGUGGUGGUGGUGGUGGAGGGCCUGGCCCCACCAGCAGCAGCAACAGCGGCAGCGGCGGCAGCAGCAGCAGCACAGGGCCUGGCGGCAGCGGCCCUAGGCCCAGCAGUUGUGGCGUGCAUGUGCGUAGCAGAGGGGGCGAGCAAGGCCACGUGGAGGAGGACAGCGCGGCGUCGCGCAAGAAGCGGCGCCGGAGCGCAGGUUGAGGCCGGCCGGUGUCUGGUUAGGGUCUUUGCUGGCGAGCAUAGCACCGCACAGUAUGUGGUAGGCCGCACGCAGCAGUGAGGAGUGUUGUGGCUAGAGGGAUUCCUCGUGGGGUUUCCUGCUGUUUGGAUGAUUGCUGGCUGUGCUGUUGCUUGGCCGUCGGACGUGGCUGGACACAAUAUGGCGGGCCGUGCCUGUACGAACCGACCCCGGCUAUGUCCGGGAGAUGAGGUAGACGCUUGCGGCCUCAGACUUGAUACGUGGCUCA